AUGUCCGAGCCGAGGGCCAAGGUUCGCGGACCGUACCAGGACGCGGACACUCUACAAGCGCCCGUCACGCAUGUCUCCGGCAACUGCUGGGUGCACGCGAAGAGCGCGAUCGACAAGCCCGAGUACCGGAAGCUCUUCCGCGCGCAGGACAACCGCGCGCGCUUCAAGGCCGACGUGAUCGACCUCGCGAACAUGUCCGUCGUCGUGCGCCCGCAGAAGAAGGUCCUGCUCUCGCUGUUCAAGGCGAAGUGGGGCGGCCUCGAGCCCGUGGCGACGCGGCGGUGGUGCGCCGAGUACGUGGACGACGAGCGGAAGAACAUGUGGACGGGGAUGGACUUCGAGGGCGGCACGCCGAGCCAGAACCAGGGCCUGGAGAGCACCAACCGCUGGUACAAGGAGGACUGCACCGGGUACCAGAAAAAGAUGCUCGAUGACUUUCUGAACGACCACUUCUCGUGGAUCGGGGUGAGCCUAGGGACACUGCAGUGGGACGUGGUGGCGACACGAGCCCUAAGCAUCCACGUCACCCCACUCGCCGGCUGGUUCCCCAUGGAGUGCGUCCUGAUCCUCGCGAACAAGACGAUUGCGAACCUCACGAGGAAGUAUGGGAGGGACAACCUCGACAUGAUACGGGCCCACGCGUCGCCGAUCCUCCAGAAGUUCGAGCAGCUCAUCACCUUCACGCUGACAGACGAGCUGCUCGCUGGCGGCUUCGACCGGCUCGUGGACAUCUCCAAGAGCGCCCACGUCCUCUUCACACGCCCCAAGGCUGGAGGUGCGACCACCAAGGCCUGCAGCUGCAAAGACUUCUUCCUGAGGGGCACCUGCGAGCACGUGCUUGCCUGGGACAUCAAGAACAAGAAGGUCGAGGUCCCUCCCCAGUGGGACAUCACCGUGAUCGGAACGAAGGCGAAGCGGGGCUGCAAGCCGAACGCGAAGCGUGGCGGAGCAUUGACAGAGAAGCCGAAGUCGCUCUUCACGACGGCCUAG